GCUUUAGCUGUCAUGAAUGUAAUUCACGUCAUUUGUAUUGUAUAUUGAUGCACUUGUAUAUUUGUUUGUUCUCUGAAGUAUUUGUUUGUUUGGUUUGUGGGGUGGGAACUAUAAUUGUGCGGUCGGUUUCGGGGGGGACAUGUUUUGGUGUUACAAAGCUGUGAGGUCAGUUACGAUGGAACCACAGCAACGGGAUUGUCAUUUUCAUGUAGCUCCCAUAAGUGGUGAUGGUUCCUAGAGUUUGCUCGUUCCCUCUUGGACGUGUGCAGCCAGUGAGUUCGACGGUGGAUACCAACGUUUUCAAAUGGUGGAAUAAAUCCGGCAGUACGAAUCAUGGUCUCGUGUGUUUCCUGGAGGGAGUGAUAGUCGAACUCAGACCUGCGUGAACCGUUCCCGACCUGCUCGUCAAGACGGAUCACAGAUAAACAACUUUUACGUUAAAGGACACACAAGUUCACCUAUUUUCAGACGUCCAUAAGUCAGGCACGGAAGUGUGUUCUGAAAGGACAAAAGGACUGAAAAAUAGAAGGGAAAGAAGUACCACAAGGAGCUGUGUGAAGCCAAUUAACAUAACGGUGUUUAUCAGGUAUGAAGGAGCAUGUACGUAAGUGAGUGUUACAGCUGAACUUUGUCUUUUGUUUGUGAUUUGAGAAAAGUAUUAAUUUCUUAAAGAAGUUGUGUGCAUUGAAGAAAGGUAUCAUUUUGACAGGAGUAAUAUAUGAUAUCUGCAAGUCUUUAUAAUGCCUAGUUCAAAGGGUUAAGUUAAAGGAAAGUAACCUAUUAUUUUGGGGUAUUUGGUAAAUGCUUGUUGUGAAAUGUAUUGGUUAUUUGUGAAACUUGAUAGUGUACAGCCUGCUUACAAAUAAUUUAAAAUGUCACAAAUAAGCAAAGAUAGUCAUUAUGAAGGCGCACUCAUAGAACAAGAGACAAGGAAGAUCGAUGAGUCCUGCGUCCUACAAAAAGAAGUUCAGCCAGAAGAGCUGCGAAAAGGUGAAAGAGCCCGCACAUUAACAGAAAAAGGAAGAGAAUUUCAAAGAGAAAAAACAAAAGGGCUACUACUUCGCUUUGACAGCAUAUAUGAACGUUGGAAGGCUUUAACUAAGCUGGCAAAGAAAUCUGUAACAAGACAGGAUCCCAGUAACAUCCUACAAGAAAACAUCAACACUAUUCAAAGAGAAUUAUCUGAGCUGAAUAAUGUUUAUGACGAAUACAGAAGGAUGGACAGCCCAGCUCACGAAAUGCGCCGCAAGCUGGACAAUUGCACAUCAGUCACAAAAGUCGUCGUACAAAACGCACAGUCGCAAAUCCAGGGCAUAGAAGAAGAACUGAUUUGGCCAGAUGCAAGCUCUGUAUUUGCCUCUACAACGUCGAGCGUUUCAUCUCCAAACUCCAAGUGUUCGAGGGCCAUUUCCAAUCGCUCUAAUGCAUCCUCGAUUAAAAGACAAGAAGCUGCUGCAGAGUAUGCAGCCACCCAAGCUGUGUUAAAGAUUAUGGCUGAACAAGAUUGCCAGCAAGAGAAACUGCAAAGACUUGAAGUUGAAGAUAGACUGAUAGUUGCAGACCAAGAAGCAGCUGCACGUACUCGCCGUCUUCAGCAAGAAAGAGAAGAGACUGAGCGUAAGAUAGAAAAGGAGAAGCAAGAAGCUACUCUCUUAAAGAAACAGCAAGAAGAAAAUGCUGAAAGGAAAAAAUCUGUAGAGGACCUGAAAAGAGAGCUUGAGCGUUUGGAAGAGCUAAAGAGACUGAAUGCAGCCAGAGCAAGGCUUCAAAUCUACGAUGAAGAUACGUUCCAACCAGAGCAAGAGCUAACAUCAUGUAGGUUUGAGUUGCCUAUGCCUGAGCAAGCAAUUAAUCAGGAGAACCCUGUGAAUCCACAACGUCAACCUCUAGGAGAGGUAGCUCCGAGCAGUAUACUUCAAAACGAAACAGGAGAGCUGGUGAAGGUUCUAGCUGAAGCAAUAUCAGCAAAUAGACUACCCAUUCCAGAGCCUACCAUCUUUAGUGGAGAUCCACUCAAGUUUAACCAUUGGAAGUCUUCUUUCCAGACACUAGUGGAGAGAAAAAAUAUUCCAACCACAGAAAAAAUCUUCUUCCUCCAGAAAUAUGUGGGAGGAGCAGCAAGGGAAGCUCUGGAAGGUUACUUUCUGAUUGAUUCAGAACAUUCAUAUUGCGCAGCAUGGAACCUACUCAACGAACGAUACGGAGAUCCGUUCGUAAUCGCCAAAGCCUUCAGAGACAAGUUACAUGCAUGGCCAAAACUAGCCUCUAGAGAGAGUGCCGAGUUGAGAAGAUUUGUGGACUUCUUACGUAGCUGUGAAGCUGCUAUUGUUCACAUUGAAAGCCUAAAGGUUCUUAACGAUGACAUUGAAAAUCAAAGACUCACUGCCAAACUACCUGACUGGUUGAGUACUAGAUGGAACCGAAGAGCCACACAAUAUCAAAUGGAACACAGAAGAUUUCCUAGCUUUAAUUAUUUUGUUACAUUCCUGACAAUGGAAGCUAAUAUUGCAUGCAACCCAAUAACCUCUUACCAUGCAUUACAACAAAGCCAACCUGAUAAAGCGAAGAUCAAGAGCCAAACCAUAGUGGCCACUAAAGCCCAAAGUGCAAAGAUCUUCACAACCAAUGCAAGUGAAAGAACCAUACCCACAUGUGUGUUUUGCAAGAAGUUAGGACACAGUCUACACAAGUGUCACAGAUUUGUCGAAACACCAGUUGCUGAUCGAGUGAAGUUCAUUCAAAGCGAGAGACUAUGCUUCGGAUGUUUGUGCCCCGGUCAUCAAUCCAAGAGUUGCAGUAGCCGGCUGGCCUGUGACACCUGCUCAAAACGUCAUCCUACAUGCUUACACGAAGAUCGCUCAAAGCAAGAACAAAGGAGAGAAUCUUCUAAAGAAAUGAGCUGUAGCAAUGAAAGAAAGCCACAAUCAACACAACGACAAGACAACAUCAAGGAAAGCACAUCUAACAGAGUUGUGCAAGAUGUCAACACGCUAAUGCCUAGAGCAGUCGUGUGUGGGGAAGAUGACCAACCCUUCGCUCAGAAAACUGAUCUAGGUUGGAGCAUAGUGAGUUAUGGGGACCCACAGGAGCACUACAGUGAUGUAAUUGGAGUAAGCCAUCGCAUCAUCGUAAGGCAAGUGACACCUGAAACAAACCCGAAGGUCAAGCUCAAAAGAGAAGUUCAUUACGUCUGCAAGACUCAGAUCAAGGAAGUGAUCAGUCCAGAGGAUGUAAUUAAGGUGCUGGAAUCUGACUUCAGUGAAAGGUUGGUGGAAGAUGUCACUGUCUCUCAGGAGGACCUCCUCUUCUUGGCCAAGCUGAGAGAGGGAAUCAAACACAAACCAGAUGGUCAUUAUGAAAUGCCCUUACCAUUCAAACGAGACAGACCAACUCUACCCAACAACAAGUCAUGUGCUGUGCAGCGUUUAAGGUGCUUGGAACGGAAGCUCAAGAGAGACCAUAAAUACUGCUCAGACUACGUCAACUUCAUGAAGGACGUCAUCGCUCGGGGCGACGCAGAAAGAGUUCCAGAAGAAGAACUAGACAAUCAACCAGCCUGGUAUAUUCCCCACCACGGAGUAUACCACCCUCACAAGCCUGGGAAGAUCCGCGUUGUUUUUGAUUGUUCAGCUAGGUUCAAAGACACAUCACUGAAUGAUCACCUUCUUACAGGACCAGAGCUCACAAACACCUUGGUGGGAGUUCUAUGCAGAUUUCGCAGGUGCCCAGUUGCGGUUAUGUGCGAUGUGGAGCGAAUGUUCCAUCAGUUCCAUGUAAGACCUGAAGACCAAGACUACCUGAGGUUCUUAUGGUGGGAGAAUGGCGACUUGGAGUCUUCACCGUCAAUUUUCCGGAUGAAAGUUCACCUGUUUGGGGCAGCCUCCUCACCUGGUUGUGCCAAUUUUGGUCUUAAACAUCUAGCUGCUGAAAGUCGGGACCAAUUUGACCAGAAGACAGUUAAAUUUAUCGAAAGAAAUUUCUAUGUUGACGAUGGACUGGUCAGCGUGGCGUCUGAUGCUGAGGCAAUCAACCUCAUCAAAGAAGCAAGACAGCUUUGCAGCACAGUUCAGAGUCGCAGUCAAGGAGCACCCAUUGACAAGAAGAGGAGUGCUAUCUACGGUAGCCUCCAUCUACGACCCAUUAGGGUUCGUAGCCCCAUUUAUUCUCCUCGGAAAGCAGAUAUUGCAGCAACUGUGUCGAGACAAGCAAACUUCAGUGAAGUCAAACAGUACCAGCUUCACCACUUCUCCGACGCCAGCGUCACAGGCUACGGGGAGUGCACUUAUCUCAGAGCCAUCAACACCAGCGGAGAUGUACACUGUUCAUUAGUCAUGGAAUCCAAAGAAUUAAAUCAACCUCAGAUCCCCAGCAAUGGCGAUUUGUACGCUCUGAAGACAAUCCGGCGGAUCAUGCUUCAAGAGGUCUAA